AUGCAUGCAGGUUUCUACUGUGAGGAGGGAGACCCUGUCCUGCACCCCUGCCCCGUGGGACACUACUGUGACGGCAUAGCGGACUACGAGUCAGGGGGCAGACCAGGGCCCAGGAGGUGUCCCAUGUUCACCUACAGAGGCACCCCAGGGGCGGGGAGCAAAGGAGACUGCCCGCCCUGCCCUCCUGGAUCUCUCUGCAACUCCACAGGACUGACUGAUUAUUCCGGGUUUCCCUGCCCACCCGGGUUCUGGUGCAGUGGGUCUGGUCCACCGGUACUGUGCCCUGCAGGCACAUUUAGGACUCAACCAGGAGCCUCUGGUGCCGCCCAUUGCAGCCCCUGUGAGCCUGGCACCUACUGCCCCAGUCCCCGCACCUCUGGGCUGCCCAACACUGCUGGCAUCCCCUGUAGAGCCUCCUACCAGUGCCCCACAGGCUCUGCCCAGGAGAGUGUGUGUGAGGCGGGUCACUACUGUGGCCCUCGGACUGGGGAGCCUCCAGCCUGUCCCGAGGGGUACAUGUGUCCCCCAGGCUCCCACACCUACAGUAACCCAGAGCAAAGGUGUUUGUUCCCGUUCUUCUGCCCCAUGGGGAGUGCGGUGAUGCUGUCGUGCCCCGGUGGCUUCAUGCCCGUCAACACCACCGGCCCGCGGGCGUCUCUGGAGCGCUCCUGCCAACCCUGCCCAGCGGGCACCUACCGCGCCCCAGCGCCCUCCAUCCUGACCUGCCUGCAAUGCCCUCCUGGGUACCACUGCUCUUCCGCGGCUGAGGGCUACUCCAGCCACCCCUGUCCUGUGGGACACUACUGCCCCCCUGGGUCUCCCAGCCCCGUGCCGUGCCCCCCUGGCUCUUAUGGGGAGAGCGUGGGAGCAGGGGGAGAGGAGGGGUGUCGGCUGUGCCCAAACGGAACCUUUAACCACCUGCCUGCGCAGACCGCCUGCUUCCCCUGUGGGAGCUCUGCUACAUCAACUGAAGGUUCCUCCAGCUGCAGCUGUUUAGGGCGUAACCGAGCGUUCCAGCCGUCCGACGGCUCGUGCCUGUGCCGCACCGGAUACAUCUUCUACAACACCCUCGACCUGAAGCGCUCCAACACAGACAGCCAGCUAGACUGCCAGCCUGAGGUGAGUAAGCGCUGUAGUGGGGGAGAGGUUCGGCUGGCCUCGUCUCAAGAGUGUGUGAGGCCGUCUGAGUACUCGUGUGACAUCACCUGUGGACCUCACGGUGGGGCACUGGACGUGGAAAUGGGAAUUUGCCAGUGUGAGCGGUACGUGUCAUCGGAGGAGCUGUGUGACGUGUCCUGCCUGUCCCAGCUGCCUCUCAUCACGGCCCGACGCUCCACGGACGGACAGCUGCUACUGGGCAUCAGAGCACAGGAGGGCAGCCACAGCUGGAACAGAAAGCUGGGUAAUGUGGUGGGGCCAGACUCUCACGUGCAGGACAUCGGCAAGAUCCACUUUGUCCAGUUCGACUCUGAGGGAGUGUUUGGCUGGAUUCUACGGGACCCCAGACUGAUUGACAGGAUGCUCAAAGAGCCAGUAGAAACUCUUGGCAAUAUUCCCAGAAGGAAAAGAUCAUAUGAUGAAGAUGAGUAUGAAGAAGAUUACCAUAGCAACGAUGAUCAUAACGACAAUGAUGAAGAAGAUGAUGAUGUCACAAGGCCUCCCCCUCGCAUCCCCAACCCCAUUGCCUGCCUGUCAUCCAAAGACAUGCUCAUAUUCAACCUGCGCAUCAACCACACAGUAGCCCCUGUAGCCAACAUGGAGGCAAUUCUUAAAGCCCUUGUCGAAAGCCAGCAGGUCCAGAUUCAAACCAGUGCUGCUCUUUUAGAAGAGCAAAGGAGGGCCAACAAGCUGAAAACUGAAGAAUUGCAGCUGCAGAAACAGAUGGCCACUCGCAAUGCUCGCCCAAUAAAGGCUGGCGACUUUUUAUCAAAGUUGGGGGCCACAGAUGACAUUGAGGCAUAUUUACAUGCGUUUGAGGCCACUGCCACUAGAGAAGCCUGGCCCAAGGCACAGUGGGUUGGACUGUUAGCACCCUUCCUGACAGGAGAAUCGUUAAAUGCUGUCCAGGACCUACCGCCUGACAAAGUAUCAGACUAUGAUACACUAAGGACUGAGAUCCUCAGCAGAAACGGGAUCACAAAGUUUGGCAUGUCCCAGCGCUUCCAUAGCUGGACCUUUCAACAUGACAGAGCUCCUCGUGCACAAAUGCACGAACUCGCACGCAUUGCAAGGAAGUGGCUGGAGCCGGAGAAGAAUACGGCAGCAGCUAUAGUGGAGACCAUCGUAGUAGACCACUACCUACGGGCACUACCACAAGAUGCCAAGAGGUUCAUCAGUCAGCAGGGGCUGACCACAGCCGACGCCACUGUCGAAGCCGUCGAGAAACACCAGGCCACAGUGGAGAUGCUCCGUGCCAUCAAGAAGGAGCCCAGGAGCGUAACACCACUAAUGAGCAUGGGAGGACCCCAGAAGAACUCGAAGAACUCAUAUCUGGGCAGUACCGGAAAUAGUCAGGCUCAAACAGGGACCAGAAGCCAGCCGGGUCUUAGGAAGUCAUCCCAAGAGAGCGACCCAAGACAAUGCUACCGGUGUGGAGAGAUCGGACACAUAUCCUGGCAGUGUGGGAAACCAAGUGAUGAGCCAAUGCCCACUGCAGGGUCCUCCAGCGCACCCUCCACCCACCUAUAUGCAGCGCUUGUGGGUGUCACAGACGUUACCACAGACCGGCCUCCCACCUGCCCAGUGACCGUGAAUAAUCAUGAUGUGGAAGCCUUGCUCGAUUCAGGGAGUCGGGUCACCCUGGUGCGGAAAGACCUGGUGCCUCCAUCAUGCUUGACCACCAGUAGCGCCCUCCCCAUCUCCUGUGUCCAUGGGGACACCAAAGACUAUCCCAUCACCAAGCUCACAAUGACCACUACCCGGGGAACCAUUCACACCAUGGCUGGAGUGGUUGAUUCCCUUCCUGUUGCGGUCCUGAUCGGAAGGGACUGCCCCGCCUUCCACUCACUGUGGAGAGAGACGCAGGAGCAUCAGACCAGGGCCCUCAGGAAAUCGAAAGGUAAAAGUCAUCGAGUGAAAACCUCAGAGCCACUCAACCCUGCCCCUGCUCUUGUAGGAGUGCUGGACAAUCAGGAUGAUUCAGCGACCACCCCCGACAGUGCAGAGGAGAACGUGGCUUCAGGAAACGCUUCAAGUUCCAGCGAGGAGGAUGCCUGCGAGCUGCCCCCUCUCACAGGCGAGUAUGGCGUUGCACAGUUACAUGACCCCACCCUUGCAAAUGCCCUGAAGAAUGUACAGGUGUUAGAGGGAGUAGUCCUAGGAGGUAGAGCAACCCCUACUUACCCCCAUUUUGCAAUAAGUCGAGGCUUAUUAUACCAAGUGGGCAAAGAGAAUGAUGCAGUAAUUGAGCAGCUCCUUGUACCACAGCCAUAUCGAGACACCGUGCUGAAUUUAGCACACACACACCCCCUAGGGGCCCACCUAGGAAUGGAUAAGACAAAAGAAAGAAUCAUACAACGCUUCUAUUGGCCAGGAGUGCACAAAGAGGUUGAAAAUUAUUGUAGAAGUUGCCCUGAGUGCCAGCAGAAGGCGCCUAAGCCCUCAUACAGGAACCCACUCAUCCCCCUGCCCAUCAUAGAGACACCGUUUGAGAGGAUAGGGCUGGACAUAGUUGGCCCCUUGCCAAAAAGCUCUAGAGGACACCAGUACAUCCUGGUCAUCGUGGAUUAUGCCACCCGAUACCCCGAGGCCAUCCCAUUGAGGAAGGCCACAUCCAAACAGAUUGCCAAAGAGCUUUUCCUCCUCUCCACCAGUCUGGGCAUACCCAAGGAGAUAUUGACGGACCAAGGGAGUCCGUUCAUGUCCAGAGUAAUGAAAGACCUCUGCACUCUGCUGAAGAUAAAACAGCUGAGAACGUCCGUCUACCAUCCUCAGACAGAUGGCCUAGUCGAGCGAUUCAACAAGACCUUAAAAUCGAUGCUGAGAAAGGCCAUAGAAGAGGAUGGACGCAACUGGGACCAACUGCUGCCGUAUCUGCUGUUUGCGGUAAGGGAGGUCCCCCAAUCUACUACUGGCUUUUCACCAUUCGAGCUCUUGCUAUCUUACAGACCAAGAGGGCUGCUGGACAUCGCCAAGGAGGCGUGGGAGGAGCAGCCAUGCAAACAACGCACCCUGAUUGAGCAUGUGGGGGCCAUGAGAGACCGAAUGAGAUCCAUCUACCCCAUAAUCCGAGAGCACAUGGAGGCCGCUCAACGGCAGCAACAAGCCUCGUACAAUCGGCCUGCCCAGCCCAGGGAGUUCAAGCCGGGGGACAGAGUGCUAGUACUGGUACCCACCGUUGAAUGCAAAUUUCUGGCAGCCUGGCAGGGUCCGUAUGAAGUAAUAGAGAAGGUGGGUGAUGUUAACUACAAGGUGAGACAAACUGAUAAAAGAAAAAAAGUGCAAAUAUAUCAUGUUAACCUUCUGAAAAAAUGGCACGCCAGGGAGGCGCUGUUUAGUUGUCUACCAUCCACAGAGUCCAAGGAACCGGCGAGAGAGGCGGUUCAGGUGGGACCUAACCUGUCCCCCCAUCAGCGGCAGAUGGUGCUGGAGCUGGUUGACCGGAACCGGGAUGUCUUCUCCUCCCUCCCUGGACACACAGAGGUGGUCCAGCAUGAGAUCCGAACCAUCCCCGGGAAAAGGGUAAACCAGCGUCCCUAUAGAGUGCCUGAGGCUCGUAAAGUGGUCAUCCAAGAGGAGGUAAGAAAGAUGCUGGAGCUUGGAGUUAUUGAAGAGUCUAAGAGUGCCUGGGCCAGUCCCAUUGUUCUGGUCCCCAAACCAGACGGGUCGGUACGAUUUUGUAAUGACUACAGGAAGUUGAACGAAAUAUCAGAGUUUGAUGCAUAUCCCAUGCCUCGUGUAGAUGAUCUCGUUGACUCCUUAGGACAUGCCCGCUUCCUGACCACGCUUGACCUCACGAAAGGCUACUGGCAGGUGCCUCUGACCCCCGAGUCCAAGGAGAAGACCGCCUUUGCCACGUCUGAGGGGCUGUACCAGUAUACUCGACUCCCCUUCGGGCUCCACGGUGCACCGGCCACCUUCCAGCGAUUGAUGAAUCGAAUCCUUGCUCCCCAUAAAAGGGCAGGCAAACGUCACGGAAACGUGGAUGCUCUGUCCCGGCGAGACGCCCUCUUCGCCUCCUUCCGUCCGACGGGGACGUCGGUCCCGAGGGGGAGGAUGUGUGAUAUCACGAGAGGCCGCAUCCUAGAGGGACGCUACAUCCCAAUGCGGUGGCUCCAACCACCACUGGCCCUGGCUCCAUCUGGUGGUGGCAUCUGAGAUUGCACCCCAACUGUAUGUUGCAGCACAGCUGCAGUCACUGAUUGCAGCACUCAGCUGGAGCUGAGAAGGACCUGAUUAACUGCAGGUUCUGUGAAAACACUCUCGACACACAGACAAUGGGAGAAGGAGUUGGGAGAGCAAGCGAGAAGGUUGUGCUCUCUUUUCUGAGCGGAUGAAUUCUGUGGAAGAACUGCUAAAAAAAGAAACUCUUAAUGAAAUACUUACCUGGGCUACUUACCUCCGUGGCUGCUACCCUGUGGAGAACACACUGAGUCGGUGAGAACUUUGGCUAAGACCAGUGGUGUAGUCUA